AUGGAGCGUGAUGGCUCUCCGGAAUCUCCACCGCGGGAGGCGUCUUCCUUGCCCGGAGAGUGCCCUUCUUCUGACCUCGGACAGGCCUUGUCCCAGGUUCUGCACCAUCUUACCGGCCAGGAGUCCCGACGGGGCAAAGCCAGAAACGCAGCUCUGCAAGACCUCGGUGCUCUCCUAGAAGCCACGGAGUGUGAUCGGCUAUUUGACGGGAGUGACGCCCCGCUGGGCGGAGUGCCCGGGGUGCUGGGGAAGGUGGCAGCCGCCCUGGAGAAGUUUGCAGCCCCACCCAAGGAGGAGGAAGGGAGAGGGGAUGGUUACGCUGCAGUGGCCGAGAGGGCGACAGCAGUUGGGCUGCUGUUCAUGAAGCUGCUGAGGAAAGUGGAGUCUGCCAAGGAGCCCCAGGUUUGCCCUGCCUGGAAGAGAGGCCUGCGCCCCCUGGCAGCACCCAUCUACGUGUUUGCCAUCACACACAGUGUGCAGCAGCCAUGGACCAGGCCACGAUCUCGGGACGUGGCCAGAGAGGUGCUCGCCUUACUGCUUCACGUUGCCGAGUGUGGUUCGGUGGCAGGAUUCCUCCACGGAGAAAACGAAGAGGAGAAAGGGAGAUUUGCUGAGAUCAUGGGGCUUCUGCAGCCCGAUUUGAAUAAGGAAUCCUGGAAGAAUAACCCCGCCACCAAACAUGUUUUCUCCUGGACUCUGCAACAGGUCACUAGGCCCUGGCUGAACCAACAUCUGGAAAGGAUACUUCCCCCAUCAUUGCUCAUCUCAGAUGACUAUCAAACUGAGAACAAAGUCCUGGGUGUCCAUUGCCUCCAUCACAUUGUGCUUAAUGUGCCAGCUGCUGAUUUGCUCCAGUAUAACAGGGCUCAGGUCCUAUACCAUGCCCUUUUCAACCAUCUGUACACCCCGGAGCACCACCUAAUUCAGGUUGUGCUGCUGUGUCUGCUGGACCUGUUCCCAGUCCUGGAGAAGGGCCUGCACUGGAAGGGAGGUGCAGCUCGACCCACCACACACUGUGAUGAGGUCCUGCAGCUGAUCCUGACCCACAUGGAGCCAGAGCACCGCAUCCUCUUACGCAGGACCUACGCCAGAAGCCUCCCGGCUUUUGUGGAGAGGUUGGGGAUUCUGACCGUCCGGCACUUGAAGAGGCUAGAGCGAGUCAUCCUUGGUUAUCUGGAGGUUUAUGAUGGGCCAGAGGAGGAGGCUAGAUUGAAGAUAUUGGAAACCCUGAAACUUCUCAUGCAGUAUACUUGGCCCAGAGUUUCCUGUAGACUUGUGGUCUUAUUGAAGGCUCUCUUGAAACUGAUAUGUGAUGUAGCAAGAGAUUCAAGCCUUACACCUGAGCCUGUAAAGAGUGCUUUGUUAGAGGAGGCCACAGACUGCCUGCUUCUCCUGGACUGCUGCUCUCAAGGACAAGUGAAGGGUCUCCUGGCUAAAAUUCCCCAAAGCUGCGAAGACAGCAAGGUCGUGGAGUGUGUCAGAAAGGUGCAGCAGGCUUCUGAAAGUGCUCCCUACAGUGGAACUUAA